AUGUACCCCCUCAACUUUCGCUCCCUUGAACAUGCUGCAGUACAACUCAUCACAGCUUAUGAGACUCUCUACAAUGCCAGUACUAGCCAAUCGACCGAUCAACUUCAUCCACGAUCUAGUCCCGAUUCGCAACCAUCACGAAAUCUAAUCAGGCCGACACCCGUUCGUCUGGCUGCAGUUCCCGUAAAAGAUGAGGUCCCUCUGGACCUAUCGGCUCAAAAUCGCCAAACUGUCAUACAUAAUGGCGGCCAAUCUCAGAGGACAACCAAUGGUGAUUCACAACCUCUUUUGCCGUCUCGUAUUGAUGGGAAAAUAAACGCCGAAUGGAUUGCACUCAAACUUGCUGCAUCUGCUGGCAGCAAUCGAAUGUCAUAUCCUAGGGAAUUCAAGCUCAUGGUUAUUGACUACUAUCAAAGAAAUGGCCAGAACAAGUACCGUACCUGUAAGGAAUUUCAAAUCACAAAAUCUAUGCUCAACGGAUGGCUAUCGAAGAUCGAGAAGAUUCGCGAAUCACGACCAGGGUCGCUGAAAUCGGGCAGAAGUGGACGGCGGCCUCAGUUUCCAGACAUUGAAAAACAAUUAUUUGCAUUGUAUUGCCAACGUGUAGAAAACGGGAGUAAAGUGGGGAACCGCUGGUUGAGGGAACGGGCACGAGAGCUGGCUGGAGAUGUCAACGUAGCUUGUCAAUUUUCAGAACGAUGGUUGAGUAACUUCAAGAAACGUUUUCACAUUAAUCUUCAACGUGAAAACGAUUCAUCCACAGAUUCUCAUUCAAUUCAUUCCACAUCAAGUGAUAAGCAGGCGUAUUCGGACACUGAAACUGAUUCCUUCAACGAUCCUAGUGAGCAAGAAGUUGGAAUUCGUAAUGAAGUUGUCGCUGAGAUAGUGAACCAACCAGGACAGCUUCCUAUCCAGGCAUUCUAUGAGAAAUUUCCUUGGCUAUGCAAGAAAGGAGUUCAGGUGGAAGCAGGACGACGUGGACGAAAAGUUCAGUUUCCAGACGUGGAACGAGUACUUUACGAGCGUCUCUUGGAAAAACAAAAAACCGGCGAGCGAAUUUCGAAUCGUUGGCUUCAAGAUCAAGCCCGAGACCUGGCAGCAGAGCUUCAUCACGAUGUCUCUUCUCUGAACAUUGGCUUCCAUAACUUCAAAAAACGCUAUGGAAUCAGUCUCAAGUACAAAUCCACUCCAUUGGUGGAUAUUCCAGAUAAUAUCGCUCUCUCGAAGCUCCCAUCACCCACGUCCGCUGACGCAAUCGAUGCCAACCUAGCCGUUCUUCAUCUUCAGGCGUGGUUUAUGAACCAAAGCUAUGUAUCGCCCCCAUUGUGGUCACCGGGUAACUCGUCCGAUUGCACAUUUUCAUGA